CCUAUGGCCCGGGCCGGCCCCGGGACACUGCUCUACCGCCGAAACAUCAGAUUGGACUCUUUCCUGAAGCGGAACACGGAGCGGGCGCUGUACGAGCGCAUCCGGGGCUAUGAACCGUGCGUGGUUAAGUCGGACUCCAUCAAUAAAGUUUACAUGCACGUCGUGAUGAGCGACGAGCGCGUGUACCUGACUGAGUUUUCUCCGCGCACACUCACCUCUGUCUUCGGGUUCAGCUCCGUGAGGGCCAUAGAGCUGAUCAAUGACCUCCCAGACUUUCUCAGCGGUAAGGACAGGGAGCAGUGUCAGCACAUAAAGAUCAUUUAUGUUCCAGAGAAACCUGUCACAAAGGGGCAUCAUGAUGAUCAACUGUUCCCCGCACUUUCCCCAUCUCACAGCUUUAGCCCGCUUACAGCAGAAGGAUAUGCUGUGCACAGCUCACCCAUGUCUGCUUACACACCUAGACCCACCCGCUCCGCUUCCUGUCCUAACGAAGAGACUCUUGGUCUGCUGGCCCCCCAACCUCCAGCCCGACCGCACUCCUCAGCCUCUAUGUACCCUCUCACUGCCAAUCAAUGCACAAAAAGAACACUAUCUCCAAAGGUGCCCAGGAGAAUUAGUUUGUUGUUCUCACGUCUUUUGAAACAAAACAAAGGGGCCAACAUUGCUGAGCUGCAUUUAUACGCUCUGUCACCAAUCUCCACACUUUAUAUUCAUCUACAGAGCACCUGGACCAGCUUCAUCAUUAAGUCUACCUUGAUGUUAGACCUAGUAUACAGAAGAAAGUACUGUACUUCACCUCAAGGCAUCAGCUGGGAGCAGACAGCCCAUUUGUUUUCUCAGCUCCAAGGUGAGAUGUUACAGGAGGGCAUCAGUGUUGAGAGCCUGUACCUUUUACUGCAGGAGCUGUGCACUGCUGCUCAUAGAAAUGUGACAUUACGCAGACUGUUCUGGAGGUCUAAUGAGUUGUGCCGGUUCCUGGUUCAGAUUCUUGAGGAUUUCCUACCUGGAGAUCGCAGCGUUCUUUACACAACAGAUCACCUCCUAAUGAGCAUCCUGGUUGUUCAGACACUGGCUGUUAUGUUUAGAGAGACUGAGGUGGAACCAGCCAGGCUGAGUCUACUCUCUGCAAACAAUGGUGCCCUUGUUACCAGGAUGCUGCUUGCUUUGAUUCGUGAUCCAGGGCCUCAGACUUCAAAUGCCUCCCAGACUGAUGUUUGUCUUGCUGAGUAUUUGGACGCUGCCUGUUCACUGCUCUUUGAACUGCUGCUUCAAGGUCAACAGAAAAGCAAGUUUUCCUUUUCUGACAGUAUCUUGUCUGUUGGCUGGAUACUUCAAGUACUACAACCACAUCCUCACCUGUUAUCCUUUAUUGGUUACCAGACCCAACAGGUGGUACUGGUCCUAUCCAGUCCACCACUCUACAUAUUAAGUCCAGUACAGUCUGUCCUGUUGUUUCAACGAUGUCGCCUCCUGCUGGUCAGUCUGCAGUACAGCAAACAUCUCGCAGGACAUUUGAAGACCAACUUCAAAGAUGAUUUCAAGUACUCCGUAAAUGUUAUAAGUGUUGAAACAAAGCUGCCCCCUCACUAUCCCAUCAGCCCAAUGAUACGACAACUGGUCGAACAAAUUCUAACCCUUAUGCUGCAAUAG